AUGUUGCCUAUGUUUCUGAAAGCCUUCGCUUGUCUGGCUCCAUUAACCGGUGCGCAAUGUGACAAUGCGACUGCGAGCGAUUGGCUGCUCUACGACAGCGGUGCGUCCUACCUGAACCUACCAGAGGUGGACAACUGGUCCAGGCUGAACGAUGCCCAGACGGUCUGGCGGAAACUGAAGCUCCUGCAAGAUCCCCAAGUGGGCGAUGCAUCUGUGAUCGUGAGCUUGGUUGACACAACCUUCGCUGAUGUUUCUGGCGCAGAAGCGGCGCCCUGGGGUCUCGCCUCGGACUGUCGUGGGUCACCGUUCAGCGGCACUAUGCAGGUCAAUCUGCUGAACACCCCCUUCAGAUACGAGGCAGUCCUUCCUGAUGCCACGGGUUACAAAGCUUUCGGUUCUGUGUCAUGCCAGAGUCCGGGUCUGCAAAACUGCUCUGCAAGUUGUGGAGGUCUUUGCGGAUUUUGCGGCCUGGGCGAGCAGACCGUCACCCAAGCAGAACUUCCUGUGGUUGACCAGUGUGCCUUCGACAUGGGAGUUCAGGCCUGGGUGACCACGACAACCUCUACCGGAACGCGGACGACCCUGACAUCGACCCUGACCUCAUCCGUAACAUCAUCUACGACAACUUAUCUGGGACCAACGAGCACCAGCACCACCACGAUUACAAGCUUGACUUCGUCCACGUCAGCGACAGUCACUUCAACAUCCACUGCAACAGUUUCGAUCACCUCAAGUUCCACCACAACCAGUACCACAACUCAGGUGAACGGCUACUACUAUUACCGCUUCACACCGACACAAAUAGCGGAUGAAGGCGGAAGCUGCUGCUGCGCCCAUGCAGUAGCGGAGCUCUACUUCAGGAACUGUGGAGCAGAUGUGGACAUGGCAUCGGUCAGUGCCAGCAAUCCUGGAGGUUCUUGGCAGAGCAGACCACCGAGCAAUGCCGUGGAUCUCCGGCUCGAGACGAAGUGGCGGGACAGCAACAGGCGCCCGCUGAUCCUCGCUUCGCCGGAGCUGAUGCCGGUGGACUCCUACAGUGGGGGCCUCGGUAUCGGGCCUUGGUGCUAUGGAUACCGGGGAUGCCUUGAGGGCGAUGACGGUGGCGAUGGCUACUACGUCUGGCAGGUCGGUGCCGAUGUGGGUGCAGCGCCUAGGAUGAUUGGCUCACUGGAACAAGAGAUGGGACCGUGGUCCAGACAGACGGACGGCUUGCGGCAGGAAGUGCUGCGAUUGAGAGGUGGCAGCUCCAUGGGAGUUCGACCUGAGGAACAAGAAGGAUAUGAAUACCCAAGGGGGCCGCCGCAGGCGCUGGGAGGAUACCUGACAGCACAGCAUGCUCAGGAGAACGCCGAUGAGUAUCAAGAGACCAUCAACCCGGUGCCGGCGAUGCCUCGGCGGCCCAAUGAGAUCUGGAAGUGCUACGGCGCUACGGGUACAGCUGAUCCAAUGUCACACUUGUUGGAAGGCUUGGAGAAGGUGAUCAAGGGCAACAAGCCAGAGGAGCUUUCAAAGAGUGUAACGAUUCAUCCCUGCCCUUUGUACACACUUUGA